UAGAACCUCGCGCCUUUAUAAAGAAGAUAAAUUUGGACUGAUAUCUAUAUAGAAAUACAGAAUAGUGGAGCGCUCGACUCGUUUUUCUUCAUCAGCCGACUUUCAAAUGGAACUCUACUGUCACACAAGAGCUGCUUUCUCUCUCCCCCGACUCCCCCUCUAUCCAAUCCCUCGCUCCCACCCAUCCUUCUCUUCAUCCAAAACCCUAUCUUUUCACUCCAAACCAGGUUUGCAUUGGUCAAGAGCCACGGCCUCUGAAGAGACCUCGACCAUCGUGUCGCAGAAGUUCGGCGAUGCUUUGGAGCCGAAGAAGGCUCCGGUAACUGAGGAUUUCUCACUUGUAGAGACUCCGAAUGAUGGGGAGCUAAGCGAGGCUGAAUAUUUACUUAGCAAGCUUGGUUCCAAGUUGGAGUUAGAUGACACUUACUACAUCCUGUUUUACGGAGCUGGUGCUUUGCUUGCUCUGUGGAUUUCAUCAGCUGUUGUCAGCGCAAUUGAUACUCUUCCUCUGUUUCCAAAAGUGCUGGAAUUGGUUGGCCUGGGCUAUACAAUCUGGUUCAGUUACCGUUAUCUCAUUUUCAAGAAAAACAGGGAGGAAUUGUUUUCAAAGAUUGAAAAACUGAAGGAGGAGAUAUAAUUUGGACAAUCUGAGUAACAAUUUCUUUAUGUGAUUCCUCAGCUGCAUUUGGUUUUUCAUUCAAAGUUCUAUAUGUUAUAUUGUAGUGUUUUGUUUUAGAAGCUGUUAGAGACUAUUUUUGGGUGCUAUAUAUUUUUCUUCAUAGGACAAAUUGUGAUUUAGCUUUUUCUUUAUGAGAAUUUACAUGCAUGCCUCUUAAAUUCUUAUAUA